CAUUAUCCUGCUCUUGUUUUAUUAUUUUCGCAUCGCUCCAAUUUUUACUUUUUUCUCUCGGAUCGUUUCAAAGUCAUCGUGUCAUAGGUUAUUAAACUGCUCUUGAUAUCGUGUACAACGUCACAUUAUAUUACAAGAGGCUGAUAAUAAUAUGCAAAAAGAUAUCAACGAUAUUGAAAUAACCUUCGCAUUUUGAAACAUGUAGCGGCAAUCUAUGUGUAACUAUAGAAUAUAAAUUACAUUUUUUUUAUUAUUAUUAUUAUUUAAUUUGUACUUUACAAUUUGUCCAGCUGAACAUUCGCUAAAAUUUUUCUAGCUUAAUUGCUACAUAACAUGUGGAUGGCUACCCUCAGCGGGUUACCAUCUUCGAGUUUGUCCAUUUUAUUUCAUAUAAAUUAGACGCUAGCAUUGUAGACGCAUCAAAGAACGCUAAAGCGUACCCCAUGUAGAUUUGAGCCAACGAAAUAGUACAAAUAAAAUGGAAAGUAGAGAAUAUUUUCCUAAAGCUGAUAUAAUAAUUGUUUGUCAAGUAUACAUAGGAAUGUUGGUAUUAUUUAGUGGAAAAUCUAAUAACCGGUUAACUACGUUCUUUAAAAUAGAACUUAUUAUAAUGAGGUAGUAUUCAUUCAGAAAAUAUGGCUGUAAUACUUAUCUUAUCGUGUAUGAUUAGUCAACAAUAUUCGUUUCAGCGAACACUGGUCGCGUUAAAGUGUGAUCGCCUACUUACGUACACUCGCGUGUCGUAUAAAACAUAUUGGAAAUCAGUGUAAGAAGUUUACAUAAGAAGCACGAAACAAGCAAAGCCAAUCAUUGAAAUUUAGAAAGUGUGGCCGCUCGGUCUUCUUACUUAAUCGGUUCGUUCAGUCACGAAGGUACGCGUUACGAAAAUAUUUAAGAAUUUUUCCACAAGUGUAGGGUAAAGAACGAAAGAUGAGCAGUAAGGAUUUGUGGAUACGCGACGUGAUUACAAGUUAUGGAUUGUUAAUGCUUAUUUUCGUUAGCAUGGUGAUUUUAAUAUUGCGAAAAUGGCCAAAUUUGAGACAGUACGUUUACAAGGUUCACUUAACCGGAUUCGAAGUGGAGUGUGCCGAACUUAUGGUACCUUAUAAGAAGCAUUUAUUCAAGUCGUUACAGUACAUUGUUUCAAGCGACAAAGUAUUACGAUCCAUGGGUUGCAUACGUCUGCUCGAGAUUGGCGUUAAAACGGGUGAAAAUAUACAAUUUUACUCGGACAGUACGCACUUGAUCGGAGUUGACCGAAAUCUGAAACUACCUGAAUAUUUGAUAAACGGGAAUCGCUCUUGGCAAUUCUCACAUAUCAUUAUCGAACGUCUAAUAGUUGGCGAUGGUAGCUGUUUGAAAGAGGUACCCACUGGAUAUGUAGACGUAGUUGUGACAACAAGAUCGUUAUGCUCGGUGAAAUCAUUGCAGUCGACGCUUCGAGAGAUCCACAGGGUAUUAACGCCGGGUGGUCAAUAUUUAUUUAUAGAACAUGUACCUGAGAAUGAAGGAACGUUUGUACGAUGGUUGCAAAAAGUGUUAUCACAAACAAAAAUAUGGCCAUCGCUUUUUGGAGGUUGCCACUUAGAUAUCGAUCCUAUUCUGAAUAUUAAAGAUGUUGGUUUUCAUCAUGUUACAUGGGAUAUAUUUACUCUUGACGGUUACGUAUCCCACCCUUUCCAUUUGAUUCUUUCAAGGCAACAUAUAUUGGGCGUAGCGAUUCGAUAGUUAAACUUAACAAAAUGAAAAAUAUUACAAACAUUUAUAUAUAUAAACAAUAAAAGCAUGCAUAUAUUAACAAAUGGAUAAUGUAUGGAAGCAAAGACAGAAUUAAUUACUAAAAUGAAAUUAGCAUAUGUAAGUACACUGUAUUCAAGCAAGUGUACCUACAUAUUCAUAAUAUCAAUUAAUUCACAAAUAAAGUGUUAUUCAUUUACGAAGUAUAA